UAUUAUUAUUAUUAUUUUUCAUGUCGUAUGCCUUUAGGAUUUUUUACAUAACGUUGUAAUCUGCCUGGAGAACUUUGAUUAUGGGAGAGAUUCCCUAUAACCGUAGGAAUCAGAAUCAAUAAUAAGCACUCCUUUUUCUCACCCCUCCUCCUCCUCCUCCUCCUUUUUCCAGCCCAGGAUGAAUGCACAUUGAUAUGGCUUUCAGGUGCAAGAUACAAACUUUGCAGGUGGUUGAUACUGAAUACAGUGCGGAUGCGGUGGAAUGGUGCCCCGUGGAAGGUUGGCACAGCGUCUUGGCAUGCGGCACCUAUCAGUUGAAGAAACUGGACAGCGAGCCUGGCCAGAGCUGCAGUGAGAACAACGAACCCCACAUCCGUCUAGGACGCCUCUACCUCUACUCCUUUGAAGAUCAAAUUUUCACACCACUGACAGAGAUCCAGAGGCUGGAAACGGUGGCUAUAUUGGACAUUAAAUGGUGCCAUAUUCCCAUUGCAGGACGUCCUGUUUUAGGCAUUGCAAAUGCUGAGGGAGUGGUGAAGCUCACUCACUUGAUGGGAAGUGAGAAGAGCUACAGACUUCAGCCGCUGUGCAGCGUUGACCUAGGAGAUGAGUGCCUUGCUUUGUCGCUGGACUGGUCCACUGGACGAGGGCAGCGCAGCCACCCCCCACGACUGGUCAGCAGCGAUUCCAAAGGGAGAGUGAGCUUGCUGUCCGUGGAUGAAUCCGGUUCCUCGAUGCACGUCCUGGAACAGUGGAAAGCACACGACUUUGAAGCCUGGGUCGCUGCGUUCGACUACUGGAAUACACACAUUGUGUACUCAGGGGGAGAUGAUUGCAAACUGCAAGGCUGGGAUACCCGGAAGAGCUCAAGAGUUCCUCUCUUCACGAGUGAGCAGCAUUCCAUGGGGGUCUGCAGUAUUCAGAGCCACCCGCUGCGGGAACAUCUGCUAGCUACGGGAAGCUACGACGAACAUGUGCUUCUGUGGGACACCAGGAAGAUGAAGCAGCCCUUGGCUGACACCCACGUGCAAGGUGGGGUCUGGAGGUUAAAAUGGCACCCAUCCCAGGAAUACUUGUUGCUGGCCGCCUGCAUGCACAACGGCUUCGUAAUCCUCGACUGUCAGAGCAGUUUGGCAGAGACCAAAGAGAAAUGCACCAUUCUCUCAUCUUAUGUGUUGCACAAUUCUUUGGCUUAUGGAGCUGAUUGGUCCAGGCUUCUCCCGAGCAACCCUUUGGAGAUGUCUGCAGCUAUGCCGAUAAUUCAGGUGGAUCAAAGAGCCAGGAGAGAGGAUCUGAAAGUGCAGAACCUCAAGAUCAUGUAUGAAUCCCCCACGGCCACCUUUGAUGUGCUGCUAGAAGAGGAAGAUCAAACCCCUGCAUCGCCGCCCCAAGCAGAAGGUAGCCUGGACCUGCAGGAGCCCUCUGCUGAUGGAAGAGCCCCAGAUACCAAAGCAAAUGGUGAUGCUCAAUCAGCCAAAGCCCAAAGGGAGACCAGCCUCUUAGCAACAUGCUCUUUUUAUGACAACGUCCUACAUGUUUGGAAGUGGGAGGUCAGCCAGAGUUCCCCUCUGGCCUAAACCCACUGUUGGUGUGGAUGGAGGCUGCAAUGCGCCUUGCUUUUUUUCUAUCUAUCAGCAGGGGGAGAAACAUGGUGAAAGGGUGACUUUCACAAUGCCUCCCAUUUCCUAUGUCACAUUUGUAUGUUACUCCUGGGAGCCUCUAGUAGCUGUGACUUUUGAAGGCUCUGCAGGCAUUUCAGAGCUGCGUUGCUUGCUUGGUUCUUUCCUACAUCUUUUUUUGCUGCAGAAAUAAGACUAUUCAGGUUCUCUUAUUUCCCCUUAAUUCCACUGUUCCCCUAAGACUUGAUUCUUGCAACAUACUCAGACACCAGCUUCAACAUUUAGCCUUUAAAAAGAGGCUUAUCCCAAACAAACAGGGAACCUGAAGUCCUAUGCAAGCUUGGGAAAAAUGUUGAAAGGAAAUUAAAAGAUACUUUCUUGAAAUCCAAGCACAAGUCCCUUAAUGCUGUGGAACUCCUCACCAAAGGGCAUGCUUAUAAUUUGAAGUAUUACAAAUUAUGCCUUUUUCAUACAAACAUGCUCAUUGGCAUUGUAAAGAACACCUUUCAACUAAAAUAUAUUUUUGAUCUUUUUACAAUAAAACGUUGCUUGUCUUAUAAGA